AUGCCUACAACACCAGCAGGAGGGCGUUCGCGAAUGAACUCAUUAUCGAUUGACUCGAGCGCAUAUCCGAUUCCGACGUUGGAAGAGUACGUCGCUGAGCGAUUCGCCUCGGAGCCCGAGUAUCUGUGUGAACCAGUGGUUGAACCAGUCGAAAGAGCACUGACUCCUUCUGAUAUGGAUUAUCGGCCGCUCGGUUCCAUGAAAUUUGGCUCGCUGCGGAUCACGAAUGGAGAGGCCAGCCCGCUUCCAAGUCCGGAUUUUGAGCCAGCAGUUCAGGUCAGCAUAGCGGAAAAGUCGCAAAUGGUUGCUGUUGAGGAGUAUUUCAGUCACGAGAAUGGAUCGGGCGGGACGGGCUUUGAGAACAAGGACAUCGAAAUCACGGUCUCAGCAGUGCAAGCCAGUGCUACUUCGCAGACACUCAGUCCGAUCAAGAGUUCGGUUUUAAAGGUGGAAUCGCAGAGGCGGCGGUCAACUUCGCCACUCAGUCCAGAGUUGAAAAUAUCAUCCAAGCACACAGCCAUGGAAGACGACCUUUUUGCGGAAGAAGAUGAAGAUGUGCAAAUGGAGUAUUCUGCCGAGGUUCUGACAGUCAGAAAUGACCCGAAUGCAAAACCAAGUCUCGAGCGACUGAAAGCGGAUCAGUCUCAGAAACAUUCCCGAGCAAUUGCUCGCGCCGACAGUGGAGUCGUUGCUAGCCCGACCACCGAGCACCAGCCCAAACCGCUCUCCAAGGCCGAUUCCGGCUACAGUUCCAAUGUCUCGCUGAGGUCGUUCCACGCCAAGCAACCUUCUGCAGGCAGCCGUCCAGCUGGCCGUGCCGCAUCGGAGGAUUCGGGCGAUGAACUGUCAGACUCAGCCGCAUCCCCAAUUGUAGCUGUCAGCGGCGACAAGCUGCAAGUCAGUGUUCUUAAGGCUGACAUCCGCUCUGUCGAUCCUUCACAAUCUGGCCCAUCCAUUCCUCCGUCUCUACCCCCGAAAGACGAUUUUCUUGUCUCUCCAACUAACAACACAAUGACGGUCACGUCACCCAAGUUCUUCUUCAACCUCAGCGCCGGUCAUUCCUUCCGCAAGGAUCGAAAAUCUCCGGCCCCAGUGUUGAUUGACAGCACUCAAUCGGCCGAACAAGGCCCCGCUUCUCCGGCAGACGUUCGUUCUCCCGGCGCUGCUUCCGAAAAGCCAAAUUCCUCCUUGAGCAUUGGCAACGGCUUGCAAAAACCUGGCAAGCUGCACAGGCUUCUCAGCGGCUCUGGAAUGCGAGGCCCCCCAACCGUCCACGCAACGCAUCCUUCUGACGAAGAGAUUCCCUCGGUACCCCAGGAUAUUCAGUCAAAGCUUGAGGAGCACUCUGGUCGGUUUCCCAUCACAACCAAGCGAUUGACCCUUCGUGCGCAGGCCAGCAAAGAGACUCUCAAGACCAUUUUCAGCGUGGGAAGCUUCGAUGCCGGCCAUGCCGACGACAAGCGCAGCUCUGCGCUCCUGGUCGAUGCGCCUAAGGUCGUGAGUGAGGCGAUAGCAGAGACGCCUGGACCCUCUGAGAAGCCCAAGUCACCCUACCGCCGUUCUUUCCAGACCAUGCCAGCCUCGUUCGCUCAAGCUGCCGCUUCUGUCAUGCCGCGCCGCUCUAUCCACCGCAAGCCAGUGCCUUCUGGCGCCGUUAGCAAGGCCGAACUUUUCGGCGAAGCCAGAGCCGAGGAGAUCCAGGACGGCUUCGAGUCGAGCAUCACGGCCAUCGACAAGGUCGGCGAGAGCGUCGGUAAGAGUGCUUUCGACCAAGCUUUCAUGGCGCUCCCUCGUGAGCAGCCUGUUCAGGCCCAACACAGUCGUACUCUGACAAUGCCGGCACAUAUGGAACUUGAGAUUGGGCUACAAUUUCGUCCCACCGAGCCUCUGCCUCCGACAGGCCGCCAGUCCCAAUUUGCGUCUCAGAACCUGCAGGUUCCCGAGAUGGCAAUGAAGAGGAAGACUUCUCCGCCUGUCAGUCUGCACACCCGCAGUAGCACCAAGAGUCCCCGAAAGCCAGUACCUAUUCGUCCGCAGUCGUCCUCAUCCAGCGAGGCGACUCGAAGACAGACCCUGUCGAGGCAGAACAGUCGCGAGACCAUUCACAGCUACCCAUCGGCGUUGAUGGGAGCAUCACUCGACGACGCUAUUGCUGUGCCGCCCAUUCCGCCAACGAGCCCUCGCAGGGGCAUGACGAUGCUUGAGCAGCAAUACGCCAGGCGCCGCUCAACGAUUGAAGACAAGUGGCGCCCUACCAAUGGUUCCUCCCCUCUCUUUGGCCACCCAGUCACACGCAGUGCCUCCACCAACCCUAUGGGACAUCAGCACCAGCACCAGCAGCAGCGACAGCUUCGUCAUCGAUCAAGCUACGACAGUUACUCACAGUACCGGGAACCUGUUGCACGCGGACAUUCAACCACCAACCAAAGCCCGAGCCAAAGUGGCAGCUACUAUCAGCAGCAACUCUUGAAUAUCCAACAGCAGCAAUGGGAACAGCAGCAGUACUACUCACCCGACGCUGUUCAGCCAGGCCUUUCCAGAAGCCGCAGCCGGAGUCGUAGUGUUCACGCGAACGGCGACCAGCCCUACAGAGUCCUCCACAGCUACAACUCGCCGGCGUACCGCAACGCCCCAAUCUGGGGUUGA